AUGUCUCAUUACGCCGAGAGAAAAGAUCUCUUCCCCAUGCAAGGCGGCUGUCCCUGCGGCCACAUUCGCUACCAAAUCAACCUCCCUCCCCUCCUUGUUCAAACCUGCCACUGCACCCUCUGCCAGCGUCAAAUGGGCAGCGCCUUUGCCAUAAACGCAAUCAUCGAAUCGUCUGCCGUCUCUCUCUUACCCCCUGCUCCGCUCACGACGCCGCUCAGCAAAGCCGAAUCGUCAUCUUCAUCUCCAUCUCCGUCCUCCGGCUCUGUGUGCGGCGUUCUCCCUGCUUUCGCCGAUCUUACAAACGCCACGACCACAGCAACCGUCGCUCCCGUGGACAACGAUGCCGACGCCCAACAUAAAACAAACAACCCCGUCUUUGUCGCCAUCCCAACCCAGUCAAAGGUCGGUCAGACCAUCGCCCAGUGCCCUCUCUGCCGCGGCAAUCUCUGGAGCCACUACGCCGACGCCGGCACCUUGGUCACCUACCUCAUCGCCAGCACUCUUGACCGCCCAUGGGAGCUCGAACCCGAUGUGCACAUCUACACCCGCAGCCGCAGGGAUUUUGUCUCGCUCAACGACGGGAAGCCCCAGUUUGAAGAAUUUUAUCCCGACAGAGCGGCAUUUUAUAGGCCCGAGACUCGGGAGAGGGUAGAUGCCCUGACGGAAAAGCAAGAUGCCUGGAGGAAGCAGAUCAGAGCCGCCUACAAGGCCCAAUUUGCCAAGAUUUAA